AUGUUUCUAGCAGAACUUCUUCGAAAGCAUCUCGGAGUCGUUCUCCUUGGUGCUUUGUGGGUUAGACCGUCAGCUUGCGGGUAUGUUCCCGAGAGAUUUGAAGAGCAACAUUAUUUGGGGUCGGAACCGUAUGACGAUGGAUAUAAGAACGAUUUGGAUAUAGACUUGAUGCUCUUCAGCCUGGCUUUCAUGGUAUCGUGCUAUUUUGUGCUAACCUUGGUGUAUUUUGCGGUCAAGUUUUUCCUUAGACGGUACUUCCGCUCUGGCAUUGCAUUAAGUGGCGACGGCGAAGGUCAUGUUAUUGGACCAGCUGUAAAUGCCAGGUGGCCCAGCCCUUUAGACGAUGUAAACGCUGUGAGGGACAAGUUGGCUGCGAUGUCGCCAGAAGAGCAGUUUUAUUACAAGCAGGGUGAGGAGUUCAUCAAGCAAAACCCUCCUCUGCUCAUACCGGAUCAGCUUCCUGGUGGAUCAAAUACAGUCGACCCCAUAAUUAAUGAGCACACAUUGAGGUUCAUCGAUGAGGAAGGCGCUCAUGCGUGGGAAUUCCAACCAGAUCCGAAGCUUCCCAACGAUAGUGUCCUUGUGGAGAACAAGACCGAAAUCACAUUUUUGAACUAUAACUAUGAUGUAUCGGUGAUGACAAAUCUUCCUAUUCCACGUUUGAAUUGGGUUUAUUACUGCGAAUUUAAAAUCUUUGAGCUAAACACUGCAGGCAGUAACAACAACAAUCAUCUUUCUCAGAAUGAGUUAAUAUCGUUUGGCUUAUCGACUAGUCCCUACCCAUAUUUCAGGUUGCCAGGAAGGCACCAUCACUCCGUUGCUUAUGACUCUACUGGGGCACGUAGGUUCAAUGAUUCUUUUGAGCUGUCCGCCGAGCUUUCUUCGAUAUUCCCUUCAUGCGAAAAGGGUGAUGUUAUUGGCAUAGGGUACCGAACAAACAGUGGAACGAUCUUUUUUACGCGUAAUGGUAAAAAGCUUAGCGAAAAGUCGAUUGGAGGGCACAUUAAGGGCUGGAAGUUCAAAUAUAUAUAUCCAGUUGUGGGUUCGAAUAUUCCAUGCAAAAUCCACGUUAAUUUUGGAACCUAUGGUUUUGUCUAUAUUGAGGCUAAUGUUAAAAAGUGGGGGUAUGCCAAGUCGCAUGGUCUCAAGCUUCCACCACCUUCUUAUGAGGAUUAUGGACAAGAUGUGCUUCUCGAAAGUAGCUAUGAAGAUGAUGCGACAGACAACGAAAGCAUAUCUACUACCGAUGGCGACAUAAUUGACAACGAAGGACAUCUGUUACCCCCGCCUCCUGGCUUUGAAUUUAGUGUUUCGCCGCAGCCAUCUGACGCAGGCCAAUUUACGUUAAACUCUUUGCCUGCAGAACCUCCAGUAUAUGCGUCUGAUAAUCAAAUAGACGGCGAGGAUAAUGAGACUGCUGAGCGGUUAGAACAUAUUGUUCGAGACUCUGACAUACGGGACAGUGCUUAUCCCGGAAAUGAAUUGGGAAAGAAUACAAUGGCUAAUCAGUUUUUGUAA